UAACGCGACAUAAUCUACGUUUUUAUUAUCAAUAUCAUCUUUCUAGAAAUACUUUUUUUUGAAGAUUUUAGAAAUUAGCUUGCUUGUCAUAAAAAGAAAUUACAAGAAAAGAAUAAGUGAUCUACAAGAACUAGCAGAUAAAAACUAAAAGAUGUAUCAGGAUGCAGAGACAGGAUUUUCUCCCCAUGAUGACACAUUUCAGGAAGGAUCAUUUGGAGAAGAGGCCAUCAGAAAGGGUUUUAUACGAAAGGUGUAUGGUAUACUGUUGACACAGAUUAUGUUUACUAUGGCAAUAAUGGCUAUAUUUUUGUAUAUACCAGAAGUUCGAGAUUAUUCUAGAGCAAACAUAUGGUUAUGGAUCGUUGCUUUUGUGAUGACAUUUAUCAUUUUAAUUGUGUUGGCUUGCUGUGAAGGAGUACGUAGAAGUUUUCCACUCAAUAUGAUCUUUCUCGGAUUAUUUACUUUAUUUGAAGCUUUUUUACUGGGAACUGUGGCAGCACGUUAUCAUGCAGAGGAAGUUAUGUAUGCAGCUGCCAUCACAGCAGUUGUAGUUUUAGGACUGACAAUAUUUGCUUUCCAGACAAAAUGGGAUUUCACAAUGAUGGGUGGAAUGCUGUUUGUUUUACUUCUUGUGUUAAUCGUUUUUGGAAUUCUGGCUGCAAUCUUUCACAAUAAGAUUCUGAGUAUGGUUUAUGCAUCAAUUGGAGCCCUUAUAUUCUCUGCAGUAAGUACAUUUGUAUGUAUUAUAUAGCAAUAAGGAAACAUGGUAUGAUUGCAAGGCUACUGUUAAUAGACCAAAAGGCAAAGUUGUAAACAAGUACCGGUCACAGUAUGACCUUUAACAAUGAGCUAAACCCUGUCUCUUUAGAAUAGUAAGCUUUUUCAAAAAGUUUCAAUAAAAUAAUUCAGAAAAAUAUUGCAAAUUGUUACUAAUGGUUACUUUUCAUCAAUGAUAAACAUUAUCAUGCAAUCGUUUAUAGAUUUAUAGAAAUUUAGGGAAAAAUCCUUUAGUAAUUUUUAAUGAGUUUUCACUCGAAUUUAAAUUGCCAUUUACAGGUGAAACCAACACAUUCAAAUGAAAUGAAAGGUUAAGAUGACAUUUAUCCAAUGGGAUGGUCGUAUUUUUUAUUCAGAUUAUAUUUUGUACAUAAACAUGUAACACAAAUGGGUAUGAAAAGAAAGAGACAGAAGAUACCAAGGGAACAUUCAAAACUCACAAGUCAAAGAAAAACUCACAAGUCAAAGAAAAACUCACAAGUCAAAGAAAAACUCACAGAUCAAAGAAACACUCACAAGUCAAAGAAAAACUCACAAGUCAAAGAAAACUCACAAGUCAAACAAAAACUCACAGGUCAAAGAAAAACUCACAAGUCAAAGAAAAACUCACAGGUCAAAGAAAACUCACAAGUCAAAGAAAAACUCACAAGUCAAAGAAAACUCACAAGUCUAAGAAAAACUCACAAGUCAAAGAAAAACUCACAAGUCAAAGAAAACUCACAAGUCUAAGAAAAACUCACAAGUCAAAGAAAAACUCACAGGUCAAAGAAAAACCCACAAGUCAAAGAAAAACUCACAAGUCAAAGAAAAACCCACAAGUCAAAGAAAAACCCACAAGUCAAAGAAAAACUCACACGUCAAAGAAAAACUCACAAUGCCAUAGCAAAAAACAAAAAAAAGUCAUACAAGUCUAUAAAACACUACAUAGAAAACCAGAGAUUGAGUAACUGAACCCCCCUAAAACUCACAAGUCAAAGAAAAACUCACAGGUCAAAGAAAAACCCACAAGUCAAAGAAAAACUCACAAGUCAAAGAAAAACCCACAAGUCAAAGAAAACUCACAAGUCAAAGAAAAACUCACAAGUCAAAGAAAAACCCACAAGUCAAAGAAAAACUCACAAGUCAAAGAAAAACCCACAAGUCAAAGAAAAACCCACAAGUCAAAGAAAAACUCACACGUCAAAGAAAAACUCACAAUGCCAUAGCAAAAAACAAAAAAAAGUCAUACAAGUCUAUAAAACACUACAUAGAAAACCAGAGAUUGAGUAACUGAACCCCCCUAAAACUCACAAGUCAAAGAAAAACUCACAGGUCAAAGAAAAACCCACAAGUCAAAGAAAAACUCACAAGUCAAAGAAAAACCCACAAGUCAAAGAAAACUCACAAGUCAAAGAAAAACUCACAAGUCAAAGAAAAACCCACAAGUCAAAGAAAAACCCACAAGUCAAAGAAAAACCCACAAGUCAAAGAAAAACUCACAAGUCAAAGAAAAACUCACAAUGCCAUAGCAAAAAACAAAAAAAAGUCAUACAAGUCUAUAAAACACUACAUAGAAAACCAGAGAUUGAGUAACUGAACCCCCCUAAAAAUCAGGAAUGAACUCCGGUGCUCCAGAAGUGGUAAACAGUUCCUGCUCCACUUGAGUUAUCCAAUUCUUUUGUCUGACUCUGGAGGAAAUAACUCUGAUCGAGUCAAUUUUAUAGAUAGAUGAGUACAUGCUCCUCAAAGCCUUAAGUUUGUAUUACUCAGCACGGGUCUGUGAAUAUAAUAAAUUGAUCGUUUACCAUUAAAAAUAGUUGAAAACAAAUCCAUAAGAUAUAUUUUCAUUGAUAGUGAAGUCCACAAUGACUGCCACAUAGAUGAAAUAGGAUAAGUUUCGCAGAUUAAUAAAAAGCCUAUUAUUUAUUUCAUUAUGAUGGUACAGAUUACUAGAAAAAUCAAGUUUCUGUAUGUACAUUAUAUUAUUUUCAGUACAUUGUAUUUGACACACAGUUGAUGUUAGGAGGGAAACACAAGUACUCCUUGUCACCAGAAGAGUACAUUUUUGCUGCCCUGAAUCUGUAUCUGGAUAUUGUCAAUCUAUUCCUCUUCAUUCUGGCUAUCUUUGGUGGAUCCAGAGACUAAUUCCAAAAAUACGUUUUUUUAUAUACACUGUACAUGACUGAUAUUAAGAUAUUGGUUUGGGUAGUUUUUAGUCUAAACAAAAGUGGUCAUAUUUUAUGCAUAAUUAUCAUAAAACUCAUCUACAUCUGUUGUAAUCCAAGAACUGUUGACCACAAAUCACUAUAAUAUUACAGUUUAGAACAGAUUUUUUUUUCCAGAGCAUCAGCUAGGGAUAUAUUCAAUGACAAAUGUAAUACAUUUUAAAUUGCUAUUAUUAGCUUAUGUAAUGUUUUUGGGAAAGUAUUUUUUUAUGGUUGCUUACAAUGAUUUAAUAAAGAUCAGCAAUGAAACAGUAUAUAUCUAUUAAAAAUGACAAUCUUUGAUAAAGGAAUAGCAGAAACAGUUAAGUUUAGCUAUAUAUAGUUAUUUGGAAUUUCUUAGGAAUCACAACUUUCAAAUAUGCAACGAUAUAUUAAAUUUGAUAAACACUGCUUUGGUACUUGUAAUACAUUCUAUAUAUAUAUAUGUAUAUGCAUAUAAUUUUGUGGUUGCUAGAACCAUGAAUUCUUUUAACUUCGAAUACAAAAAGUAAAGUUUAAUACAAUUUUGGGCUUCAUUUCACACAAUAUUUUACAGUUAAACUUUAUUUUAUAUUAUACUCAUUUUAGAAAAAAUUACAGCAAUUUGUGUGUUGCAGUCAUAGUCUUAUAUGAAAUUUAGAAUUUAGUAUAUAUGGUUGUGUUGUCUUCUUAAACCACUUGACAGAGUCCAACCAAACAUGCAUGGAUUCUUCAAGUAGUUAAUUAUAUAAGUUGUGCACUGCUUAUUUAUAUUUUUUUAAUCUCAUUGAUUUCUGUGUUGUUUUCCUGGUAUUCAAAGCUGUUUUCAGUGUGAUUAAGAGGGACCACAAAUUUGUAAGUCAUAAUUCCUACCCCUUAACAGAGACCAGACAAAUUUACACAGUCCUUUCUACAGGACAAUUUGGAAUGGUAACUUAUUGGCUUCUUCUUCAAUUAGUAUAUUGCUAAUCAUCAUAACUGUACAGAAAUGGUCAAAACUUGUGCUUCAUUUUCUACCAGAAUUAAAUUUUUGCACUUCCUAUUUUGAUAUUCAUAACCUGUCUGUUGUCUCAUAUUUACACUUAGACCUAGUUAUUUAAUCAUUGAAGCAUGACAUUGAAUGAAUGUCUGUGGCAAGUGAUGCACACACAUCCUUCAUAAAGAAUUACGUCUUAAAUAAUUGCAAGUUUUUGUGUUUCUACAGCUAAAAUUAAGAAGAUUAUAAAUCUUGAUAAAUGAUUUAAAAAUGACAAUCGUACUGAAUGUUCAUUGUUUGUAGCACUUAUAAAAUGUUUUAUUGUACAUUGAAAUUUAUACUGGUAUGCAAGGGUCAAAAAACAGACACAACAGACAUGACUGAUUUAAGUUACAAAUGACUAAAAUAAAACUAAAUUCAUUCAAUCAAAUGGAAUUGACAUGAUUGAGAAAAUUUACCAAAGCACAAGGGUCAAAAAUUGGUUUUCAUUCACUAAAUUUUGGUUUAAUACUGAAUUCCUACGGUUUUUGUAAUUUUUAUAAAUUAAAUUAAUGCAAUGACUGUUGCAUUUCACAUAUCAUUCUCUGAAUAUUUAAAAAAAAAAAUUAAAAAAAUAUAUAAAAAAAAAACGGUGCAAAAGUUCAUGCUGUAAAAAUGAAUACAGAGUGACUUUUGGUAUGAUUUUGACAGUUUGAAAAUAAAAAAUUCCUGAAUUUUAAGUUUUCAAAAAUGAAUAAAAUUGCAAGAAAAAACAUUCUGAACCCAUGCCGGUAUACAUCUGACACCUUCUUAUAAAUUUUUUCUGUAUAAUCUCUUUUGAAUUUAUAAACACACUGAAUUAUUAUAAAAAAAUAAAUGACAUUUAUGGCUUUACUGGUAUAAAAGUCGUUUAUAUUCAACUGCUUAAUUUGUAAUAUCCAUGUUUGUGUUAAUAAAGGAAUUUUUAGGAAUAAGUAGGAUUAAUAGUGUUUUGACACCUGUAAGAUUGUUAGUAGUGUUUUGACACCUGUAAGAUUGUUAAUAGUGUUUUGACACCUGUAAGAUUGUUAGUAGUGUUUUGACACCUGUAAGAUAGUUAGUAGUGUUUUGACAUCUGUAAGAUUAUACUGUUUAUUACCCAGAAUAACAGUUGACUAAUUAUUUGAACACAAAUCAAGUAUUUUUUAGUUUUACAGUUUUUUAUAAAGCAGGAGGUAUAAGUGCCAUUAUUUGGCCCCUGAAAUUGCAAAAAUAGUAAACUUAUUCAAGCCAUUGAAAAUUACGCUGUUAUGCUGAUUUUUUUGAUAAAUGAACCAGUUGCUUUAAUCUGGAAACUUUAGUGCAGAAAGGUUACUUUGAUGUCAGAAACAUGUUGAAAUUAACAUAUUUGAUCUAAAAUUACCAUUUCACACAUACCUGUAGUUUUUGGUCAAAAUGUAUUUGAGCAAUAGCUUUACUCAAAAAGAUAUUUUACACAAAUUACCAUCUUUGUAAAAAACAUUGUAGUAACAUAUAUCUUUUGGGGUAAAUCUCUUGCUCAUAUUUAAAUAACAAUAAAAAGAUAAAAAUGAGGCUAUUUUGGCUGUUUUUUUAUGUCCAUAAAUAUAAAUACAGAAUGUCGGACAGACUAUAAACAACUGAAGGAUGUUAUUUGGUAGAUUUGUAGUACUUUUUGAUUUUUGAAUUCAAGGGGCUAAAAAAGUGGCCUUAUACCUUCUCUCUUAUAAGGCUUUUCUAGAUAUUCUUUAUUUUGUUUAGCAUUUCAAGAAUUAUGCAACCAUUUUGUAGUUUACUAGAUUUUUAUGUAUAUAUUAUGACCACAGUUUUAUGGGAAGAUAAAGGUUUGGCAUCAAUGGACUAGAAUCUGUUUUCUCUGUUUAUUGUUGUAUACUAAUAAUAUUUAAUGUUUGUGAACACAUAACAGCCAUAUCAAGUCUGUCAGUUUAGUUAUUUUAUACACAAGGUAGAACUAUAUCAUGAGUAUUAUAUGUGUUAUUUGUUAUGGGUUAUAAACUGUGUAAAUCAUACUCUAUGAUAUGGCUUUUUUUUUGCAAUAUACAUGUAUAUUACUGUGGAUUCAUUAUUUUUUAUUAGAUACCAAUUUUCACAGAAUUCAUGGAUAUAGAUGAACAACGAAUUUAAAUGUUCAAUGAAGUACAAACAUUUUAUAGUCUUAUAUGCAAUAUUUGAAAAAAACACAAAAUCUAAUAUCCACAAAAAUACAAUAUUUUCUUGAUCCACGAAAAAUUGGUACCCAAACAAAUAAAUGAUUCCACAGAAUUCCACAUAAUAGCAUUCCACUUGUUAUAAGCUUCAUUACUGAUCCCAUUUUGUAACACACUAUUCUGAGAAUUUUGUUGUUUUAUCAGAAUAUUACUAUAAAGAUGAUAACUAAAGACCUUAUCGCUUUUUUCAGAAUCUGUGACACUGGACCUGAGAUUGUGUGACACUUGAACUAUUGGCAUCAUACAACAAUCCCUUUUGCAUUGUUACAUCAGACAUUUUCUCUUACGACAACCCCAAAAUUUUACAAAAUGUCUGUAAUGGCAGACAAAUAGCGAUAAGGUGUAUUGAAAUCGGGAAUCCUGUUGAUUUAAUUAUUAUCAAAAUCUAAAACUAAAAACAGAAAAGCCGGGCCUGAUUUGGUGGUGAUGCAUCUUACAAAGUCUAUCCGAAUCAUUUUGCAAAGAAUUAACUGUUGCUAGGGGAUGUCUUAAACUUGCAUAUAGGUGAGAGUUUUUUUUUAUCUGUGUUGAAGGCCUCACUGUGACUUUGAGAUGAAGAACAGCAAUAAAAGCGCUGUUCCUUUGCUUUUUGUGUGUUUUUUGCUGUGCAUGUACUAAUUUUGUGGCAUGGAUGGAUACCCCAUAUCCUUUGUUUUUCUAAGAAAUUUUAAUAAAUGAUCUUCACCAGUGUCAUGUAACAUUUACUCAGAUUUGUUUUCCUAAUAGGUAAAGAACCUGUAGAGCAUUAAAAAAGUGAAGGUAUUGAAAAAAUUAAUGUACCUUGAAAUCAGAUUCUAAUGCUAUUUAUUUGUUUUGGUUGUCAAAAAAUUCUCAGCCUACUUUACAAAAUAAAAUGAUGGAUUAGAAGGAUAAAAGGGGUUGUUGAAUUUGUGAAAUCUAACAUAUUAUGUUUAUCAAAUAAUACACUAAAUAAAUAUAAAAUCAAAGAGAAGGUACACUUUAGGGCCUAUUUAGUCUCUGAAAAUUAAAUAAAAAUAUCUCGGAAACAUAAAAUCUAAAAUUUAUAAAAAACAAAUGGGAGCUCACGUCAAUAGAUAUAAACAAUUAACCAAAGUUUCAUGCAAAUUGUUUAAAACGUUUUUGAGUUAUUGUAUACCUUAAUACGUCCCAUAAACAGGCAUAUAAUCACUAUUUUUAAAACUCUAUUUUUUAAAUAUUGCCGAUUCCAUUACUAAGCUUUCUGUGCAUUCAUUUCUCUCUUUUUUUCGCUAUCACCGAUUGUUAAACAUCAUUGCCAAAUCAGCUACUAGUCUGAAAAUCUGAAGAAACCAGAUUGAAAUUCAAUCAAAAUAUCCUGAUGGUUGGCAUUUAGAUUUUGCAUAUUUGUUUUAACUGUUUUAACACACUUAAUAUAUUGCACUAGUUAGAUGUUUCACAGAUUCCAUUUGUAACAUAUUUAUAAACUUUAUUCCUAGUUUAUUGAGACUUCAGAAUAGAUCUGAUAUAGUAUCGUUAGGUUUGGGGUCAUAACACAAAGCAUUUUAAACCAAAGUAACUAUAACUAUGACAAUCACUUUAUAUUUAUAAAUAAGUUUCAGUGAUGGAAUUCUCCAGUUUUCCUGAUACCCCCUUUUUUUGCAUUGAAGGCAAAAAUAUUAGAUUUAUUUUUUGUUUGUUUGACAUGAUUUCAUGUAGAUUGUUCAUGUUGAGAAAUUAGUAACAUUCCUUCCUAGAGAGAAGAGAAUUUUUUUUUUUUAUGACAUUAUAGUGAAGAGCUAUUAUUUUAGUGAUAGGGGAUGCAAGAGGACAAAUAGAACUUCUUGUUAUACCUUCUUUGCUCCAAAGAACAGUGGCUGCUGCACAUACUUUUAUGUCUGUCCUGUUAGAAGAGUUUUACAUUGUCUGCAAAUAAUCAUGCUUGAUAAAAAUAGCACAUUUUAUUGUAAUUAAAGCACAGAUAAAUAAUCAUAAAAAAAAUCUGAUUGUCAAAUAUGUAUUGAUCAUCAUUUAUGUUUUGUAAUUUGUUUGUUGUUGUUACAAAAAAAUAAAAUUUACUUUAAAAAUAA